GUACAUAGUGGCGUGAAGUGGGUGUUUUAUAACAUAGUGAACUCUCAUAGUGUCAUGGAUGUCUCGUACACGCUGGCCAUCAGCUUCGGCAUAGUGUGUAUCUUGAGUCCGCCUGCGUCAGCGCUCGAUGCGAAGCGCUUCGUUGUGGAGGGUGCCGUAGGGCCGUAUGGAGACGGGCAAUACGAGUACAUCCAUCCCCGUGCAGAUGCGGUGCAUGUGUCGGAGCUGACGUCCAUUGCCGUCAGGGAGGGCGAUGAGGUGAUCUCUGGCAACUUGGCCGACCUCUUCGACGUUACUGGAGAGAAAAGCGGCCAUGUGACGGGUAGAGUUGUGUUGGCCCGCGACAACAAGACGGUAAUCUUCUAUGCUGACCAGCCCUUCGCCCAACGGGAGAAGGUCAGUGUCAAGUUCGGCCCCGGCCUGCGCGUGCGGCGACCUACCAAAGGUACACGUUAUCGAGUGGGCGAGUACACAUGGCAAUUCCAGAUACGGCGGCAGUUUGAGCGAAAAUUCAAAGAGCAGGAAGGUGCAAAGGGAGAAGAGAAGGGGACAGCGCCGAUGGAUCGCUAUCGCACGCUCCCGUCGUGGGCUGCACGGGUGAGGCCGUCUUCCGAAAGCAAGAAGGCGGCCUUGGACAAGAGAAAUGCGAUUGGCGGGCAAGGAGACCUCUGCUUUCUCGGUGUCGGUCACGGGAGGGGAGAACAUGCUGGCCAGCAUAUCAGUAUUACGCGCGAGGUGAGCAGCACAGUGUUUGGGGAGAGGACGGUUAUGCGUAUUGUCAUCUGUAAAGGGUGACUUAGUGUGGUGGACUCACACAUCUACCGCCCAGGCGGGUAUGCUUGGUGUGACGCCGACUGGUCAUGUGGCAGUGUGGGACAGGAGAUCGGAGCACGCCAGCCGAGAGGCAUUCGAGCUUAACUCCACAUACCAGGCUGUCGCUAGGCACAGUCCCGGUAAACAAUUGACGGGCUCCCCAACCUUUGCUAUCUGGCAGGUUCAUCACUUCAGGUCAUGGCUAUGAAUUAGACAGCCAUAGCAUCUUUUUCGAUGAUGGCAACACGAUUCUGGCAGCUCUUACCAAGAUCGACGACGUAAUACAUAACGGUGAGUCUUUUCCGCCAUGUACGCACAAAUCUUCCCGCUUUCUUUUCUGCAGUAGUGCAGGUUCUGGACGCUGACAGGAAUGUGAUACUCGAAUGGAGGACGACUGAAGAUUUCGUCGGAAAAGCCGAUCCCGUGUUGCUGGACCUAAGAGAAAACCCCCCCGACGUACACCUAUAUCAUAAGCAUCUUAUACAUGGAAUCAUCUGUCUUUGGAUAUGGGUGUGCCAGUACUAUCACAUCAAUAACGCGCAGAGGACACCUGAUGGUAAGCCUAGCUGCUCAGCUGACCAUCAGUAGUUUGACAACUUCUUCUGGUCAUGUGUGUAAGGCAAUCUGAUCGUCUCUCUUUACGGCUGCGGACUGGUCGUGUUGCUCAGCGGCAAGAGCGGUCAGAUCCUUUGGCGCUUGGGGGGUAAGACAAGGUACGUCACUGCCAGGGGCCGACAUUCGCUCCCAUGCAUUUGCAUGAGUGCUACGCAGUGACUUCACUUUCGUCGGCGAUGACAUGGAUCCUCCCUUCUUCGGCCAGCACGAUGCUCACCAACUCUUUAAUGGGAACAUCAUCAUGUCAGGGGACCAAAUGAUUUGUGUUGUCUGCACUAUAUGCAGAUGAAUGUAUGCGGUUGUGACAGGUAUGAUAACGGACGCCAUGUGAAGCACGGGUCGCCGCGGCCCUCUCGGGUGCUCGAGCUGCAGCUGGAUCUGGAUCAAAUGACCGCCACGAAAGUGUGGUCCUUUUCACACCCAUCUGGGUAUAUCACACUCGCGGGUGCACAAAAGCAGCGCCAUUCGUGUCUCUUCCUUGUGUCCAGGCUGAGGAGCAAAUGUUGUGGCGGGCUCCAGAUGAUCGACAACGGAAGGUAGCAGAUGUGUUCUUGUUCAAUUGCGGCUUGAAGCCACUCUCUCUUUUUUCCUUCAGAGGCCAGCCUGCGACGAUGCUGAUUGGCUGGGGCUAUACAGGGCCUUUCUUCACUGAAGUGACGUAUGAAGACAAUCCCCGCAUAGUCCGCGAAUUCGAGGGCCUUCGCGGUCAUCGACCGCUUUUGCACCCCUGGGAAGGCUCUUCGACUGAAGCGCCGCGGCUCCUUCUCUGCAGCGACGCGAACGGGAAAGCCUCGACACGUAACGGGUCGAUUGACCAGCUGGAGGACUGGACAAUUCACUUCUCCUUCAAUGGAGUCACAGGCAUCAGCAAGUGGCGCCUCUAUGUCGGUAACGACAGAGACGUCCCUCUCGACAAGCCCCUUCUUGGGCGCGACAAGACGGCAUUCGAGGAGAUCAUCACACUGCAGGAGCUCGUGGACGCUUUGGCGGCCGAGAACUUCACUGUGACGCCUAGAAGUGACACCUCGUCUGCGAACUUGUAUGUGCGUGUGGUGCCCGUCAAAGGCGACGACGACCUGCUCAGGCCGUCGAAGGCACUCAAAGGUGGGCGGGCGAGGCCGUGUACCGUGCCUAUCCCACCCUCAGGAUGUGUAUCUCGUCUCCUCUUCAGUGCCCAUGACCCUGUCGUCCUAUGAUGAGCCGCGCCGUGCGGGUACUCUGUCCCCUCCCGCGAUGGUGGUACCCUGCGGCUGCUACCAGCCCGACAUCGGGCGGCGAGAGCACUUGCACAGACCUAAGCCGGGGGCAGAAAGUGCUGUUGUGGACAUGGCUGCCGUCAAUGAGUGUGCCGAAUUGUGUAAUGCCAGCGACACAUGCGAAACCUUCUUCUUCUUCGAAGAUAAUGGCGAAUGUGAACUGGAUGGGACCAGAUACAAGAAAAGAAGAGGGCUGCACUCGCUGCAAGGGGUGAUAUCUGGGCGAAAAAACUGCUUGGAAGACACGAGGUGAAGCGGCCUAGUCGCCUGUCUGUUCGCUUCCGUGGAGUGGGAUCUGAACACGAGAAGGCAAGGUCUGUGCUGAAAGCUGGCGAGAAGCUCAAGAGAGACAGUUCAUUGUCUGUUGACAGGUUUUUGCAGUCAUUCUGCCGCGCCAAGCGCAGGCUGGCGCUAGUCCUACAUACUGCUGAGAGUAUUACAAGAGUGUUUUUCUUUUCUUCCCUUUUUCUCUUUCCUGUUCCUUUUUUCUUUGUUGCGAGGCUGGAGGGGGUUGGUCACUGACCGGUGUGCGUUUCGUGCUGUGUACUGUUGU